AUAGCAGGAUGUGGGGGGUGAGGGGAAUUAGGUUUCUCCCCUUAAAUCUCCUGUCAGUUCCCGAGACUUGGGGGGAGGAGUCUGAGCUGAUUCUAAUUCACAGCUGUAGGGCCUGGCCAGGGUCCUCCUGGACAGUGCAGCGUGGAGGUGGGGGAGAAGAGUUGAGGGAUUGGCAUGGGUAGUUGGAAAGGCUUCUGGUUGUCUUCCAGUCGCCGGGGUUAGCAGCUGGGGAGGAGAGUCAGGCCCCUGUGCUAGUGGUAUCACCGAGCCUCUCCCGUGCCCCUGCUCUGAAUGUUGGCCACCCUCUUUACCACCACUGCAGCAUUUUUAGAGAGAAAAACAGGAAAGGGCUCCAGGCGGAGAAGCAGGGAACCUGGCCUCCCUGAGACCUGAGUGACCUUGGGCCUGGCUUGUCGCUGGUUUCUGUACCCACCUGUAAGAUGGGGAUGAUACCCUAUCUUGCCUGCCUUUUGUGAGAUCCAGUGAAAUGGUGGAUGGGGUUGCACUUUGUGAGAGGUGAAGCAGCACGCAGGCAUGGACACCUGUGUACCUGUGUGAGGGGCCUCAGAGUCACGCUCACUGGGGUCAGGCUGCCCCACUGAUCUCAGCCACCCCCAUGGCCUGGGCCUCUUUGCUUCCCCCAGCAGAACCGGAAGUGUGUGUUGGGGAGUGGGCCUCAUUGUUCUCUUUCUGAGUUUACCUGGAGAAUGUCCAGGUCAAAACCCAGGCCAGCUCCCUGACCCAGGCCUGGCUCAGAAAUUUGCCUGACCCCAGUGUGAGUGAGGGGCUCAUAAUCAUAAAAAUACUGAUGGCUACCGUUUACUCACUAUUCAGUUUUUGCCGGGUGCUUUCCAGGCACCAGCAUUUAAGCCUCACACAACCCAGGAUUAGGAUGUAGUCUUAGAUGAGAAAACGGGCCCAGGGAGCAUCAGUGGCUUGCCCAAGAUCACCCAGCUAGUACAUGAACAAGAAGUCAGGAUUCAGACCCACAUGCCACAUUUGGGCCUCUAUACACUACAUGCUUCAGCCAUUUAUCCGGCCAUUCCAAGCUCUGGGAGGUGCCAGAUGUGUGUGUCUGGGUCAGGUGUAGGAGUAAGGUGUGUGUGUGUGUGUGUGUGUGUGUGUGUGUGUGUGUUGGUGGGAGCAGGGGCUGAGAGCCAUCUGGCAGACUGAGCAGUCUCCCCUGCACGCACGCUCACACACACACAUCCCACUGACUAGCCAUGAAGAUUGGCUCUCUUGGGUCCCUUAGCCCUGCCAGGGAAAGUGGGAGGGAGAUGGGGAGGAAGGGGGAUGGGCAGGGACAGGUGGGCCUUGAUAGUGCCCUUCACUCUGUCCUCAUUAAAGUCCAGCUGGACAGACUAGGGGACUAGAGAAUUCUGGGAAGGAAACAGAAGCCAUGCCCAUACCCUAUUUGGGGUGCCCCUGUCUCCGAGUGGUGACUACGUCCCCGGGGAUGGCCCCAGAGCCAGCCUAGGCCUGGGAAGGCAAUGGCUGCUGUGGGCCAAGCCAGGAAGGAAGGAAAAGACCCAGGGCACUCCUGGACAGACCCGUGGCCACAGUCCACCUGUGUGGCCCCCUGCUGCCCGGUGGCUGACAGCCCAGACAACACUCAGAUGUUGGGCCAGAGGAAACCCAGGCCUGACUUGUAGGGUGUGGACUGAGAAGGAGGGCUACACUCUACCCUACAGCAUAACUGUGCCCCAGAAGUCACCUCUCUGAAGACCCCAGCUGCUGGAGGCCUCAUGACCUAGGCCGGGCUCACUCACAGCCACCAUGAGCGAGUCCUUUGACUGUGCGAAAUGCAGCGAGUCCCUAUAUGGCCGCAAAUACAUCCAGACGGACGACGGCCCCUACUGCGUGCCCUGCUACGACAAUACCUUUGCCAACACGUGCGCUGAGUGCCAGCAGCUUAUCGGGCAUGACUCAAGGGAGCUGUUCUACGAAGACCGCCACUUCCACGAGGGCUGCUUCCGCUGCUGCCGCUGCCAGCGCUCACUGGCCGACGAGCCCUUCACUUGCCAGGACAACGAGCUGCUCUGCAAUGACUGCUACUGCAGUGCCUUCUCGUCGCAGUGCUCCGCCUGUGGGGAGCCCGUCAUGCCUGGGUCCCGGAAGCUGGAAUACGGAGGCCAGACGUGGCACGAGCACUGCUUCCUGUGCAGUGGCUGUGAGCAGCCGCUGGGCUCCCGUUCCUUUGUGCCCGACAAGGGUGCUCACUACUGUGUGCCCUGCUAUGAGAACAAGUUUGCGCCUCGCUGCGCCCGCUGCAGCAAGACCCUGACACAGGGUGGCGUGACCUACCGUGACCAGCCCUGGCAUCGAGAAUGCCUGGUCUGCACAGGGUGCCAGACGCCCCUAGCCGGGCAGCAGUUCACUUCCCGGGACGACGAUCCGUACUGCGUUGCCUGUUUUGGAGAACUCUUUGCACCCAAGUGCAGCAGCUGCAAGCGCCCCAUCACAGGACUCGGUGGAGGCAAGUAUGUGUCCUUUGAAGACCGCCACUGGCACCACAGCUGCUUCUCCUGCGCCCGCUGCUCCACCUCCCUGGUGGGCCAAGGCUUCGUGCCGGACGGAGACCAAGUACUGUGCCAGGGCUGCAGCCAGGCAGGGCCCUGAGCCAGGACUCCUGGGCCCAGGGCCUCCCAAACCAGGGCUCCAGGAUUAAGGCUCCUUUUCCAAACCACCUUUGGGACCCAGACCGCCCCCCCCCCCAAACUGGGGCUCCUCCUGGGCUCCAGGAUUCAGCCUCCCUGCUCCAACAUCCCCAAACCGGUACUCCCUGACCCAGGGCCCCCAAACCUGGGCUGUUACGGAGCCUCUGUGACUUAAAUCCCUUCCGCCAACCUAGACUCCCUCUACAGUCUGGGUGAUGGGAUACCAAGCCCUCUCCCCAAAUCAGGGCUCUAGACCCAGCCCUCCAAACCCGAACUCUGGGGCCCAGGCCCCCUUUGAUCUAGACUUCUUUCCUGAGACGUUAGGUCCUCUGUGGGUCCCUGAGAAGUCCUCAAAAGUGGACUAUACUCAGGUUGGACCCUUCCCCACCCUCAUCCCACCCUAUCUCUGGGCCUGGGGCUCUCUGGGGAGCAAAGCAGGGGUUCACAGUUAAAGGGGCCCUAGAGUACAGGGUUUUGCCCACCCAGUGUCUGUUGAGUGUUUUCUCCUUUCAUUUUUGAGCUCCAUUCUGCCCAGAGAUGGGCAGAGGGGUAGGACUGGCUCACCCAGCCCUUCCAGAUUCUGCAAUAAAGCAAUGUGAGGAAGCUAA